AUUCUAGCCACUAAGACAAUGACACUGACCUUGGAUCGUCAAUAAUUCAUUAAAGAGAAAUGUUUAAGCUCAUUCAAUAAAAAAAAAAGAUUUAUUACUUACCGUUAAUUGCGGUUUCUCAUGCAACAAAUGGCAUAUGCAUAUUAUCUAUAUCAUGGAAGACUUUGAAUUGAAAUCAACUUUAACAUCAUCGAACACGUCCGGGUUGAGCACUUGCCACGAGGAUUCGAGCCUCGAUGGAUCUGGCAUCUUUGACCGGUGUCAUUCCGAGAACAUACAAGAUUUGCGCAACAAAAUAGAUAUCCUACUCAAAAAUAACUUUAGCUUGGGAGACCAACUGCUUAAAGCCAAUGAACAAAUCAGUAGACUUUUAGACACUAAUAAAACCAACAGAUCAUUUAAAUUGGAAAGUGAAUUGUAUGGUUUACGUCCUUUGAUUGGUGAAUGUAAUGUCUUGAAACAAACCAAUGAAAAGGUCGAGUCAGAAAAUGUGACUUUGCAAAAUAGGUUAAAGGAAUAUUUAUGCGACUUGAGGGUCAAAACUGGCUUAAUUGGAGAACUUAAAGAUAAAAUUGUGCAACUGGAGGUUGACAAACAGACUUACAUGAGUGACUAUGUUAGGGUUAAGAAAAAUCUGGAUAAAGCGUUGUUAAAAGUGGAUGAACUUGGGAAACUUCAAAAGUGGUAUGAGGAUCAGCUAAAAGCUGGCCAUGCCGAGAAGGGUGUUCUAUUGGGCAAAAUUUCAGAGUAUAACAUAAAAAUUGUUGAAUUAAACAAGAAAAAUUCAAUUUUGAAUAUUAAACUGCUUGAGAUGCAAAACCAGCACCUUCAAAUGAGUUUAAAUAAUUCAAAAGAGGAUGAUCAGUUAAUGGAGAAAAAAAAUGUUUUUUUUCUAGUGCCUGAUACCUCGCUUGACUUUGAACGACACUGUUCCGAGUCUGAAGAUCUCAGUGCUGAAUUAUCAAUGGCAAAAGAGCGGACAAUAGAUUUGGAAAGGCAGUUGGAGAGGUUAAAAUUGGAAAAUUCAGAGUUAGUGGCCAAGUGUUUGGUGCAACAAAAGUGUUUAAGUGAGCAGGAAGGUGUUAAUCAUGAACUGCACAGGUCUAAGAAAGAGUUGGCUAUUAAUUUGGACAAGGUGCUAAAAGAUAAUUCCGAGAAGUGUAUUGAAGUGUUAAAUUUGAAAAAUGACUUGAAUGAGUUGAAGGUGGAAAUUAAAAGCGGAAUUGAGGAGAAGCAACUCAUAGAGAGUACAGUGGAAGUUAUCAGAAGCCAGCUGGGAGGUUUUAAGCAAAGUUAUGAACGGGUAAAAUCGGAAUUGCGUGCUUCCAACAAACGCAUCCUCCAGCUAGAGAAAGAGAAACAAGAUUCGUUUAUGAGGGAUAACUGGACUGUGUGCGAACUAGCAAAAUCGAAGGACAAAGACAUUCAGAUCGAGAAUUUGAAGCGGCAAAUCGAUGAACGCAACGGAAAAUUGAUGAAAACGGAGGUUGAGCUGUUAGAGAAAACCAGAGAUAUCGCAAGGUACGAUGCCGCAUUAUCCCAGUAUAGGGACUUGGUUGGGGAUAUGGAAAGCAAACUGGGCACUCUGGAAAAGGCUCUUAAAGAUAAGGAGGAAGCCGAAGUCGACCUUAAAGACAACGUCGAAAUUUUGCGGACCGAGCUGAAACGAAAAGACGUCCAGUUGCACCAGUCUUUGGAAAACUCAAAACUGCUAACCAAGACGUUGGAGAAGAACGGGAUCAUAACCAAACUCCAGAAUAAUGUCAACCUAAUUGAUACUGACUACGAGACUUACUUGGGAAGUAGUACGGACGACACGAAGGUGAAGUUACUGUAUAAGGGGAGUAUUUGGAAGGGAAACGGAUUCAAUUGCCUGAAAGUUUUUGAGUUAUUAUCCGUCCAGUUGGAAGCCUUGCCCGGGGUGAUUAAUCAAAAACUGGCUUGGUGCGAACGUAAAAUCGCUAGGUUGGAGAAGCGAUGGGCAAUUAAGAAAAAGGAAGAAAUUGCUCGUAGAGUUAACGAACGGAAAAUGGACAACAAAUUGAAAAAGGCCGAAUCGGUCAGUCGGGCUCUGCUCGGCAUGGUGAAAGAGCAUCUGAGAGAAAGGCAAUCGGUCGAGAAACAUUCGAGCCGUUUGUUUGACGAGAACGAUUGUUUGCGGUUGUCGUUGAGGUCCAAAGAGUGUCAGCUCGAGAUAUUUGAAAAACUCCUGAAAGAUUACGACAAUGACAACAAAAGGCUGAAGGAGACUGUGGAAAAGUUGGAAUAUCAGGCCCUGGGCGAAUGUUCGGUAGAGGAGCUCAAAUAUUAUCAAACACAAUUUAAAUUUUUAAAAGAUGAAAACUCGCGGCUUAGUGCGGAGCUUAAAAAGUUGCAAUUAACUAAUGGGCUGUUCGAUAGUAAACCACGCGAGUUCGAGAGUGAAGGUCAAAAGUCGGAGAGCGUUGAAAUAGAUAUAAAGCGGGAACGGUCGGUUAGCGAUGAAAAGGGCUUCCCUUCGGACCUGCAAGAACCUGGGCCGUCGGUGGAGGAUCGCUUGCGUCAUUUCGAAAACGAAAUGAAAUCAUUGAAAAGCGACAAGUAUUUUUUGCAGAGGCUGUGUAGCGACUUAAGAGUGGCCGUCACGACUUAUAUGGAUCAGAAUGAGAGGCUUAGCGAGAUGGUCAGGGCGCUCGGGCCACCUAGUUUACCUAUAGUCGAUCGGUCUAGUAACUUUGAAGAUUGCGGGAUAAAAAGCGAGAAAUAUAUCAGGCAGCUAAUUGAGGAAAGCAAAAAGUCCAUGCGCACAGAUGUCAUUUCUGAGUUGUAUGAAUGUUUCAGCGUUUUAAAGGCCGACGCGUGUUCCCUGCACAUGCGGAUAUUAAAGAUUUAGUUGGGGUUGUCAGAUCCCACCGUUGGUUUUCUUUAUUCUUGUUCAAGGUUAUAAAAAUUCGGUAUUAAUGUUUACAGUAUUUUGGUGCAUAUGAAGUACUUACUGAAUCGCUUAAAAUGUAAAUUUAAACUUGCCUUGCCAUGAGGUUAUUCCAUCGUAUCUGUGAUAAAAUUGUUGCUAUUUGAGAGUUUAAUAAACUUGUUGAGCUUCGAUUCGGGUUUUUCUUACUACGUAACACACAAAAUUGAAGCAAUUUUCAACCAGAACACGUCAACUUCAGAAACAUUCGGUACCUGUCAAAUGUCGAAAUUCCUGCGGCUGGUUCACAUUAGCGAAAUCCCAACUAUACUGACCCGUUAAGAAACACGAUUCUAAUCAUCUAAAGUUAUACUUUUAUACGUGCUUUAUAAUGCGUAGUAAUCGAAAUUCUUUACUGGUUGCUUUGUUACCAGGGUGACGCAAGUGUGUAAAUGCUUGAUAUUCUGUACCGUUUAGCAUCGUCAAGGCGAACCAAAACUAACCAAAAUUGAAAAAGAUCAACCUUCGUCACGGGGUACAAAAGAAAAAUAACACAAACUUCCUCUUUAAACGAGAACACUAGAAUAACGCUACAUAAUAUUUGGUAUUUACACACGUGCGUCACCUUGGUUACAAAGCAACUAAUAAGAAAAGUAUUUCGAUUACUACACAUUGUAAAAUAGUUACGAAUUAAUACGCGUAUCAAAGCAUAAGUUUUGCAUUUUUCGCAACCACCCACACUUUAGAUGAUUAGAAUCGUGUUUCUUAACGGUUCGGUGUAGCUAUUUUUAUAGUAAAUUUGUUUGUUACGAUUGCGCUGAUGUGUAAGAGUACCACCAAGCAAACUUAACAAAAUGGAAGAUUACGCAUUAAAGAAAAAACGUUUGAAUAUUUCGACAAAACAAGUCUCAAACCAAUGCUAAAAGAACAGCUCUCUAGACCAUCGGGCCUCCAACUGGCGAGAACAGCAAAACCAGCAGCGUCGUACGACACUUUUACACUCAAAGAUACAUUACAAACACGAUUAAACCGGUAAACUGUUUAUAUUGAAAAAUGGAGAUCUGAAACACACAGAAUUGACUAAUACAAUAACUUUGAGAA